GAUGCGUCUCUUCGCCGCAGCCAGCGUGUCGACCCUGGUGAGCCGGCUCUUCAUGGGCAGGGACCAUGGCCUUCCCUGGGGAUUGCUAGGCUGGCGAGUGCCGGUGAGCUUUGGCCGCUUCAGCAACAUGGACUACUACAUCCUGGAGUUUGGUAUCUUUGGCCUUAUGGCAGUGUGUGGAGGUCUCAUGGGCGCACUCUUCAACUGCAUGAACAAGCGACUCACGCUGUGGCGACAGAGACAUAUCGGACCGCGAGGGCACAAGAGGUUUUUGGAGGCGCUCUUCGUGACCUUUGUCAUUGCUUCCUUCAACUUCUGGGUGGUCAUCCUUCUCAGCGAUGGACCCUACAUGCUGGAGGAGCUGCCCGAUGACAUCGCCAUCUUUUGGAGGACCGGUACCAAAGCCAUGAAGCAACUCUUCCAUGGUCAGGAAGACUUUGACCUCCGAUAUUUGCUUCUCUUCGCGGUGAUGAACUUUAUCUUCACUUGUUGGAACUACGGCGUGGGAGUUCCCAGUGGCCUCUUCGUGCCGUCCCUGCUCACGGGAUCGGCCUUUGGCCGCAUCAUCGGACAGUUGGUGAACAAUCAUCUGAACUCAGAAGAUAGUCCGAUCGAAGCACGGCCAGGCACCUACGCCCUGAUCGGUGCCUGCGCCAUGCUGGCGGGCACGGCACGGAUUACGAUCUCCUUGGCGAUGAUUCUCAUGGAGACGAUGGGGGAAGCAGAGUUUGGCUUGCCCAUCUUUUUAGCUGUCAUGGUUGCAAAGUUGACCGGGGAUGUCUUCAAUAGGGGCAUCUAUGACCUGCACAUCAUCGAGUUGAAACAUGUGCCCUUUCUGGAGACGCUGCCCGAAGGUGAGAUGAUCGAGCUACAGGUGAGAGAUGUGAUGCAACGAAAAGUCGUUACUUUGGACUUGGUUGUGAAAGUGUCUCGAUUGGUGCAGGUGUUGUCAGAGACCAACCAUCAUGCGUUUCCGGUGCUGUACCCCGGCACUCGUCGCAUGGCGGGCCUGCUCUCCCAACAGAUCUUGCGGAGGUUACUGGAGCUGGGUGAACCUCAUGGACUCUUUUUGAGCGAGGGCGAGGAAGCGCCGGCGAAGCACAUCUCUUGGUCGAUGAUGACCUCGGCACAGCCUUUCAUGUGUAAGACACCACUGGAAUACCAAGAUCUUGUGGCUGAUCACAUGGACAAGGUGAUUCACUUGACGCCCUACAUAAAUCGCAGCUGUCUCUUUGUUCUGAAGUACACAUCGGUCUAUGUUUGCUAUCAGAUGUUCCGACAACUGGGUCUGCGGCACCUGGCCGUGCUCGGGAUGGACGGCUGUUUGGCGGGCAUCAUCACCAGGAAGGACCUGAUUCUGGCAGAAGAGGGGCAACAGGACAUGGCCAAGGCGAUGGAAGAGUCCGACACCGACGGCCAGGGCUCGGAAGAUGACCAGGACUGUCUCAGACGGCAUUGCUCGCAUUGCCCCGAAGCCUCCCUGCCAGAUGCAGAGCUGGGUCGACAGCACUCCAGCCAGUCAGCCUACUCCACCCGCUCGCAAGGGUCUCUGUUCCAGAGCAGUCGCGUCCUGGAAGCCGCUGAGGGCGGCAUGGGCGGCGCCGGCGGCAUGUGAUGGUGGCUAUGGUGGCCAGUGCCCAUGGCGGAGUUCGUCAUGGAGAACAAAA